AUGCUCGCUCUCCUGUGCGCGCUGCCAGCCUGGCGCGCUUUGCCGGCGCGCUCGCUCUGCGAUGCCGCGAGAGCACAGCAGGAGAGGCUUGAGCCGUACGUGCGGGGUGUCAUGCAGGGCGCCCAGAUGGAGCACAUUCGUGCCGCCGUGGGGCGUCUGGAAUUGGUGCGUUCCCACCUAUUGCCAAGCGCGUUCGGCCCCAACCACGUGCUCCACCACAAGCAGCGCGACCCAACCCGCGUGGUUCGCAUGGAUCUGCCAGCGGCGGUGCUAGAGACCAUGCUGGCUGACGCACGUAGGGUGCUAGCCAUCCAAGAGCGGGUCCGGCUGCUGUUUGGCGAUGCAAACGUCUCUGGUUACACCUCGCUCUCCCUCGAGUUUGAGAACGCCGUGCUCUUCUACGAGGGCUGCCAUGAGUUCUGGAGAGCCAAUGAAGCGCGCGUGCGGCGUGAAUUUCCCGAGCUGGCGAGCUGCCACUGCAACAUUUUCACCGUGAGCCAAGGCAGCAGCGAGCCGUAUGGCCUUCAUCACGCCACUGCCCUGGGCCACCUCUUGCGUGGACUCCAUCGGCGUGGGUGGCUGGCCCCCGAGUUGCACAAGUCCUUCCACACGGCGGUCACUACUGUCGACCACGGCGGGUUCCCGUUCACUGUGUUCGAGGAGCACAUCCCAGAGAGCAUUGAUCCUCUUGCGGCCCUUCAGCAGCUGCGCGCGAACCACUCAGGCGCCAUCGCGGGCGAGACAGAAUCACUACUGCUCACCGCGGUCUCCGCGUUCAACAAAUUCACGCGCUAUCCUCUCAUCCCCGAGUCUCGCCGGCGGACAAUGAUGGACUACGUCAACUCUGUCUUCUUCGGGACCCUCGCGUGUCACGGUGCCCGGGAUCUCGGCAACGGCACAUACUGGGAGCUCGAGCCGGGCGAGGCGCUGCACUUCAACAACUGGCGGUUGCACUCUGACCAUGCCUUUGGUUCGCACCUGCAGCCGCGCGUGACCGCCGACUUGCGCUGCUUCUCGCCAAUGGUCGUGCCGUGGCCGUUUCGGGACAUGGGCGAGCUGAACGGCGCGUACCAGUGUGCGGAGGAGAACGAGAUAUCGCGCACGGGCGAAUGUUUGCUUCGCCUCUUCAACUAUGGCAGCGUCGGCGACUUUUAUCGCACCGUCUUUGGCGAGAAGGUGCCGCAGCACUCGUUGAGCUACGUGGUGGGCUCGUUGUUUCUGCACUACUUUGCAGAUCACGACUACAACCUGCUCGCUGCACCGGGCAUGCGUCGCCACUACGAGCGAGUGAGACGAAUGUACGACUCGAAUUCGCUCAACUUUUCUGCCUUUUCGCAGUGCGCCGCCACCUUUGGCAGCGAGCGAGCUCGGUGCCCUCUGCCUCUCUCCUCACGUGCCAUCGGAAAGAUCAAGCUUGCGGUCGUGGUCUUGCGCUUGGUUCUUGGCGAUGUUGUUGCGACCGCCGCGGUCCUGGGCGAGCGAGCGAGGCAACAGCUCGCUCUCCUUUCGCUGCGCGUGUAUGCUCUGCUCCAGGUCCUCUACGGGGUCUUUGGAGGGGAGGCGGCCGCGUGCUUCACGCCCAGCUUCGCCGCGGCCUCGAUGCGCGACUGGUGCGCGUACGGGCCGGGGCCGGUGUCCUCGUGCAACAAGCUCUUCGGCACGGCCGACGGCGAGACUCUCGCGGGCAUCCGCUGGCUGCAGGAGCACCAGCAGGAGCGCUUCGCAACGUACGGUCUGGAUUUCCCGUACCUUCAGCAGGCGGACGGCACGCCGCGGCUACUUGCCGCGUGCGACCUCGAGCACUCGCUCUGCUACUUUUCGCGCUACCUCAGCGCGCGCGCGAGCCUCGGCGCCGCCGGCGCGGAGGCCCUCAGCCGCGCGAUGCCGGCGGGCUUCCGGCUCUAUCGUAUCGGCAAGCUGCAGGGCCUGGGCGCCGCCAGGGUCUGGGAAGACUUUGACGCGCAUCGCGCUGCUGGUGCGGGAGGGGCUUUGGGCGCAGGCCCGACGACGGCCGACAAGUCGCGGCACUACUGA